CGGGCGGGCGGGCAGGCAGGCCGGGCGCGCUCCGCGGCUUGUCCCUCACCGUCGUCCCCGCGUCCUCCCUCCGCAGCUCCUCGGGGAGGGGGGCGGUCGGUGCCUGCGCAGAGCCGCCUCCUCCCCGCCCCCGCCCCGCCUCCCCCCGCGCCGCCGCCGCCGCCCGCUGCCGCCGCCGCUGCGCCUGCUGCUCCUCGCCGUCCCCGCUGCAGUGCGAAGGGCUCGAAGAUGGCCGGUUGGCAGAGCUACGUGGAUAACCUGAUGUGCGAUGGCUGCUGCCAGGAGGCCGCCAUUGUCGGCUACUGCGACGCCAAAUACGUCUGGGCAGCCACGGCCGGGGGCGUCUUCCAGAGCAUUACGCCAGUAGAAAUAGAUAUGAUUGUAGGAAAAGACCGGGAAGGUUUCUUUACCAACGGUUUGACUCUUGGCGCAAAGAAGUGCUCAGUGAUCAGAGAUAGCCUAUACGUCGAUGGUGACUGCACAAUGGACAUCCGGACAAAGAGUCAAGGUGGGGAGCCAACAUACAACGUUGCUGUAGGCAGAGCUGGUAGAGGUAUUUCUGAAGGCAAAAUAUCAAGAUAAAUUCAUCUCUGGGGUUCAACGAAAUUGUACAAAUGACCAAACACGUUUGGAAAGGUCAGGACUGUGCAAGUACAUCAAAUUCCAAAGCUCUGCUUCACUACUAUAAUAAAUCGACGAUCUGUUUCUCAGGCCUGUGUAUAUGUAAAAGGAGGUUGGGGGUGAGAUGACCUGGUGUCGGUGGAUACCGAAUUCAGCCUUUUAUUUUCCUAUGUGGAAAUGACUAUUUUUUAAAUUAUUUUUUCAAAAAGAAGUUCAGAAAGUAAAAUUUCCCCAGUUGUGUUACAUUUCUUUUAAUUUUUUUUUCACAUUAGACUCCUACACAUUGUAUCCUUAGUAUUUUCUGAUACGUUUUGUUGACUAAAAAUUUUUCAUGUCAAUAUAGCUUGAUCCAGAUAUUUAUUAUUUCAAGGCUGUAUAGAAGUCUACUGUAAGGAUGUACCAUAAUUACAAUAAUGUACCAUAACGUACACUAUUAUUGGAAUGAAUUUUGGCGGCAGUUUUAACUUUUGGGGGGGGGUCCCCAAUUGGUUGUGAGCAGUUACCUUGUAUAGAAUUCUAAGGUGGUGGUUUUAUCUGACCUAAAUUACCUUAAUUAUUAUGCCUUUGUAGCACUGUGCAUAUAAAUAAGGCUAAUGUGGGUAAUAUUACAGUGGAACAAAUAUUUGCCAUUUCUUAAAGUGGAAAACGUGUUUAUUAACAUUCAAACUCCCUUCAUACAAGGCCAUAUAAAAAUUCUUAGCAUUUUGAUUAUACAUAAGUCUAUAUUUUCUACAUAGUUACAGUGAUGUAUAAUUUAGCUUUUCAUAAUACAUUAUUUAAAUACAUCAUUAGUUCUGUUAAACAUAAGCAAUUAUUUUCAAAUCCAAUACUUGAACAAUUUCCUCUGUACAUAGUUUAGCAGGGCUAAUUAGCAUAAGAUGCUCUUUGUUAAGAGGUAUGAUCUGUAUUAACAGAGUAUUAACAGUUGCUGAAGUUUGGUAUUUUUAUACAGCAUUUUCUUUUUUGAUCAUAACACAAAACCCUUAAGGAUACUGAAAUUCAGUAAGUCAAGUCCAGAGACAUGUUACUUUAGCUGAUGAAUCAAAUUCAUACAUAACACUAUAGUAUUUAAAACCUUGGCGGGGGGAAAAAACAAACCUAUGAAAUCUGCACUAGUACAGACCAUUCCUGUCAGGAUAAGACUACUUGGGAAUAGAAAGAAAAAAAGAGAGCAUUGAGUUUCUUUGUGGCGCUGAUAGAAGGAAAAAUACUAAAUUGUUACCCCUAUGAGUGAUGGUAAUUUGGGAAAAUACAAAAACAAAUAUAUUCCAACUCAACAACUCUAGGUAAACUUUAUGCAAAUGGAAGUUGCUUAUUAGCUCAUGCUAGGUGGCCACAGCAUUGACCUUGUGUGUAAAACACGAAACAUUUGCAUACUGUGAUCUAGGUCUUAACCGCAAGCUAUACGGAGGCAUUUUUUUUUUUUUAAAUGUUUUGGCUAUAGUUCAUUCCAAAAGAAGAGUUGAUUUGAUGCUUGAGUUACGGCACCAGUCUAUUACUAGUUAUCAGUGAAAUGAAGUAUACUCCUGCAGAUAAAUACCAGAUCAAAAAAACCUUCAGUAAUCUGAUAGAAUACUAAAAAAUAAGUUAUUUCUACAGGAAUCUCUGAAGGGAGCAAAAAAAUUAUAUACCUAAAUAAACAUUUAUUAGGAAAUAACCCAAUCACCCUCUGAAGGUCAAACAGUAUUUGCUAUGUUGUAAUCUCGUUCACCAUUAGGCUGCAGCUGGACUACAACACUAUGUGCAUUAAUUUCGUUUUCUGCAUCACUGCUGUCGGUAUCUUCGUUGUCAUCCUCUUCAUAGUCUGAAGAUUCUGUCAUGUUCUGAUGUGAGCGGGAUUCCGACAAGGCCCCAAAUGACUGGGUGCUGACAGAUGCCAAAGGUCUAAGUAAAGGGGUACGUUCUGACACUUCAUUUUCUUCUUGACUACUGUCUGUGUCAGAGUCUGAGUCGCCUUGAGAAGGAACAACUUUUUGCUUGCAGACUGGACAGGUUUUUUUGGUUUUAGUUAGCCAGGGGUCUACACACUUGCAGUGAUAAGCUGUUAAAGCAAAAUACACAUCUUUUAGAUAGUAUAUUUGGUUGAGAACAUUACAUUUUUAAUUUCUUGCCAUGUUUAUUCACGUUCUUCUGAUCUAUAAGUAUCAUGUAUGGGCAAGAGAAGAAAAGUUUGUGAAUUUUUAUAAAUCUACCUCCAUCCUUUAAUGACACCACUAAUUACUAAAAGACUUGGCCUAUAGUGUACCACUAACUCUUUUGUCUCCUCCUCUAAUACUGAGCCUAAAUACAAAUUACGUGUAAACUCAAAGCAGUAUGUAAUUAUUCAUACCAUGGGAACAAGGAAGGAUUCUGAGCUUGUCGCCAUCUUCAUAUUCAUCCAAACAAAUGGCACAUACAUCAUAUUCAUCUCCUAUGACAGACAGUAGUAAAUAAAAUUAAUGAAAAGAGGUAGAGAACUUUCAAAUUCUUAAAGUGAGGUCUUCCUCAGUUAUUUUAAAUGUCUUUUGAUUGACCUUUUGAUCUGUAAAUGAUACCUUUGUCUUGUUUCCUGUCAGAUCAGGGAGCUGCUUUAAGUUCAGGAACCUGAAGUUUUAAUUUAAAUAAUUAACCUUUUACCUAAAAUAAGAAAUUAAAAAUGGAUGUCAAGUUUGUUUACCUUAACUUUGGAAAAGACUAUUUUUAAAAGAAUCAUCAUUGUAGUAGUGUUUCACAGGACUAUUCAAAUGCGGGUUUUGAAAUACACAAAGACAACAAAAUUUUACUCUUUAGAUUUCUUAAAGUCUGGGUAAUUUUUAAAGUAAAAAUGGAAACAGAACAUACUCGUGUUUUUUUUUAAUAUGUUAGUGGAAAAACAUUUGGAAUGAGACACUAAGCUUCAAAUCUCCUUUCCAAGAUUACUAGCUUUGUGAUGCUUGGCAGGUUAGUCUUUGAUAUCCAGUUCUUUUAUCUGUAAAGAGAUUCUGUCUACCUUGCAGGUUUGUGAGUGAGCAAAAGGCCAGGCACAUAGGUAUUCACUAAAUGGUGUUUAUUAAUACUGCUGCCCUUUUAAUUUCUUAUUUGAAGUUACUACCUUUAGAAAUCACGAAGGUUUAUUAAUAGCUCUUUUUGGAAUUCAUGUGUACUUGAUUUUAAAGAAAUUAGCAGUCUUACAUACAGCAGCUUUUGAAGUUGAGUCAGUAGUGGCAGUGACCCCUGUGACUGUUUUCAAUUCGGUGUUUUCCAUUAAGUGUAUACGAUAGGUACAAACUUAAAAAUCCCAGGGAACAAAAGAUAGAUUCAUCUGCCUUCACCUUGGAAGACAGAUCAGAAAUAAAGCCAUUGUCUGUAUAGUCUGGAUGAACAUGACCCAUAAAGGGAAUGAUAGUUCGAUCAAUCCCUUUAACAUCCUUUAGUCAUUUAAAAUUGUACAUUCAGGAGGAGUUCUAAAAAGAAAGCUUUAAUAACACUUACUAUUUUUUGUUCAGUGUUUUGAACUUGGUUACCACAGAAUCAAGUAUCAAAUGCAUUUUAUAACAAAUACAAGCUUCUGUGUUAAAACUUUGUGGAAUUCGGUGAGACCGAUUAUAUGCAUCUCAAACUAUCAAAACUAUUAAGCUCAAAGAUCAAACUAUUAAAAGAGUAAAAGACUCCACUAUAUCUGUAAUUAUACAUUUGAUCCAUUUACAUGGAGGAUGGUUUUAAUAAGUAAUUCAGUCAUCACUGAUUUCUCAUAUCAAACUUUAAAUUUUAGUGCCCAUCAAACGGUUCUAGUUACCAUUAGAGGAGGUAAUCUGGUGGAUAAAGGCCUCAGUCUUCUUCAGAGGGACGAUUCUGAAGCACAUGGCUCCUCAGAGGGACUCUGGGGGAUGGAGACCCUGCCGUCCACAGAGGUAACUAGCUCAGUAAGACCCACUUCAUUUAUCAUUCCCUCACUCUUCCCCACUCCCUCACUCUUGCUUCCUGAGGUUAUUUCCCCAAGAAAUCCCCUGCAUCUUACUCCUUGUCUCAGGUUUUGCUCUCGGAAAUUCACACCAUUACAACAGUUUUAAACAUUGGAUUUUUAGUAACAAUUUUACGUAUAUUCUGUCUUCGUGUAUCUAAUAUCCUAUUACUUUUUGCUGAAGAUCUAAUAAAUUCCUGUUGGAUCUUCAGCAAAAAGUAAUAGGAUAUUCUGCUUGUACUUUAUUAUCAUAUGUGAGUCCUCAGAUACUUCAUUUUUAAAAAUAAAGACAACAAGGGCAAAAGUUGUGUAACACAUGGCCUAAAAUCUAAAGGAAACUCUGCUAUCUAGAAAAGUAUCAUUGGAAACAUCUAUUACAGAAGCUAAACUACAGGGUUAAAAAUAUCAGAGGUUAAGUUCUAAUAUUACUAAAUUUAUUUAUAAGGCCAUCAUUGUAUCUGGAAGAAUUAUUUGUGCCAAACCUACUGAUUUUGUAGAAUUGUACUGACAUUUAAUUGACCAUCUCCUUGCUAUUUUAAACUAAGCAAUAACUUCCUAUAGCCAAUACCUCUUAUAAAUGGCUUUUAAGAUGUGAUUUGUGUUAUUUAGUUCACUGUUACUGAGAUGGAACCAAUGAUUUAGUAUUUAUUCUGAAGUGAAACACCUCACAAUUUGUUUCCUUAUAAAAUGCCACACAUUUUUCAGAAAAUGAUACAGUUAAUAUAACUGAACAGGAAUGGACUGGUCCAGAACUGUGCCCCAAGGCUCUAAGCCUCAUUUUCUUAAGAUAGGGAGGUUAUCCUGCAUUAAGCCAGGUGGGCCCAGCAUAAUUACAGAGGUCCAUAAAAGUGCAAGAGGGAGGCAGAAAAGUUCACAGUCAGGAGGAUGUGACUGGAUGAAUGGUCAGGGAGAUGCUAUGUUACUGGCUUUGGAAGAUGGAGGGGGAGAUUAAGUCACUAAGUUUAUGGUACUUUGUUACCACAGCAAUAGGAAAUUAAUACAGGCAGUAUUGGAGUUAGCCCUAAAUAUACGGACUUGAUACUUCAGAGUCACUUAGCUUUCCUAUCAGUCCUCUGAAUUGUUCCAGGAGAUGGAAUUAUAAGAAGAUGAUGGGUCAAGACUCAACAGUAUAGUUUGUGAUGGUGCACCAGACUGGAGCCCAGUGCUCUGUAGAGAACUAACCCCCCUGGCCUUGGACUUGUGAUGAAAUGGUAAAGCACACGUGAGAAUGCUGGGGGUUUUCAUCAUAAAAAUUUUAUUUAUUAGCUCUGUAACCUAGUGCAAGAUACAUCUCCAUGUUUCAGUAUUCUCAAAACAAAAAUAUUAACAUACCUGUGUCUUAGGAUUGUGGAUUAAAAGAACUAACACAAGAAUAUUUUACAUAGUGUUUGGUACAAAUCGCCCCCUGAUAAAACUGGCUGGGUAGGAAUACUACUCAUGACCUGGUGUACUGGGAGGAGGCUGCUCUCAAAUAGCACCAUGUGCUUCUGUCACACCAGAUGAGCUGUGUGCCUAAAGAGAGGUAUGAGCAGUGGUCAUUGAAUCUGUUGUAUCACAUAGGGUAAUUAUGUAAUUUAAUGAAAUAUUCAGCAGUUCUUGAACUGUGAGUAUAAAAGACUGGUUUUAUUUGACAAGCUAGGGUGACUAUUAAGAACCCUUAUAAUAAAAGCUGUUGCUCCCCAACCCCCUCGCCAGCCAAAAUGAGAUUAUAUGAAGUAUGGGUGAGAAAUGUAAGAGAUUGGACAAAUUUAUGUAUUGAUAAAAAGAAUGAAAGCAGAAUCCAAUUUUGCCCCAUUUUAAAAUGUCUGAAACUAAAAAUGGUAGGAAUGCAUCAUGUACCAUGACAACCUAGAAAUCCAGUCAGUGGACUCCUACUCAAGACCGUGGCCCAACAGCAAAUAACUGUUCAGUGGCUUUAUCUGUAACUUAAAGUUAAAUUUGAGGCAUUUAUUUGUAUGGUUUAUAACUUUAGCAGGUUUUUAAAAAAUAACCAAUUUGUCCUCGGUACUGGUAGCAUAAAAGGGUUUUACAAGUGGUAAUAAAUGUUUGUUUUGUUACUGUCCGCACCAUGCUAUAAAAUUUUGCUUAGUGUAAACCACUGGUUUUUAACUGGAUAGGAUUCUUCCCCCCAGGGACAUUUGGUGACAUCUGUAGACAUUUAUGGUUUUCACAACAGGGAGAUGGUGCUGCUGGCAUCUAGCAGGCCAGGGAUGCUGCUUAAACAUCCCACAAUGCUCUGGACAGCCCCUCACAGAAAGGCUUAUCCCAUAUAAAUGCCAGUAGCACAGAAGUUGAGAAACCCUAAUAGAAAGCCUCUCCAGGUUUUGUCAAAUGACAGCGACUUUGCUAAUUCGUUAGUGGAUAGAUGUUAAGUUACAGGAGGGAUGAGAUUCAUGUCUGUUAUUUGAAACAGUAUGGAAACCUUUCUGUCUAGAAUGUUUCUGGCAUUAUUAUUACUUGAAUAAUGUUUUAGAAAAAUUGCAUGAAUGCUCUUUUAAAGUCCCAUCAGUCUGGAAAUGUUCUAUAAAUAGACAGAACUUUGCUUUUCCUCCUGUAAAUCUGUUCUUCCUUGUUUCUCUCCAAAACCUUGGAUCAUCAAAUACAGCAAAGGCAAUGACCCAUCAGAAUAGGAAUCGCAUAGACUUAAAGCAGCCAUUGCAGUGGCAUGAACUGCUGAUCAGGCCUGGCGUGCCCUGAAUGUCUCUUUUCCUUAGAGCCUAUAUUCAAUCUGUCACGAAGUCCUGUAAAUUUUUAUCUGUAAAACAUGUCCUGAAUCUGUCCCCUUCUCCAUUUCCACAAUUACUCUGGGCCAAUAGCUUGGAUUACUAGAAGAGCCUCUAGUCUACCUCCUGUUCCUGCCGCCUGUGGUUUUUCUCCGGCGUGGCCAGCGUGAUUUAUUUUAUUUUAUUUUUUAACACAUCAUGUCAGUUUCAUUUAGAUGGUUCCCCAUCUCACUUAGAAUAAAAUCUGAGCUCCUUAUCAUGACCUUCAUAAAACUGUAUAUUAUCUGACCCCCAUCUCUUCCAUCUCCUCUCACACCAGCCUUACCACCCCUUCACACAUGCUUCAACCACACUGGCCUUUCAUUCGUGAACAAACUAACACAAAAGUUAAGUGGUGACCUGCAUUUAGCCAUGUUGUGACAGAAACAUUUGGACAUAACAUUAGAUCUAGAAAGAGGAAUCCCCAUUUCUAGAGAUGACUAAAAAAUGAGCUAGUUUGAGAUUAGCUAUAGCACAUACAAAUUGAUGCAAAACUUAAUUUUUCAGUUUAAUAACAAAAUAGACCAAGGCUUAAGUCAACUAGAAUAUGUUUCCUUAAGUAAACGAUACAAGAGUGAACAUUUAGGGCUAAACAUAUACAGGUUUCAUGAGAGAUAAUAACAAAAACAUUUUAAAUAACUUGCCCAGGGAAGAUGUACCAUUGGGUUCAUGAGCUUCAAAGCAAAAAUUACUGUUGUGGUAGAGAAAAUACCUUGCCACUUAUUCCCUACUUUACCAGUAAAGAAAAAAAUGAACGCUCUUUCUAGCAAGUAAACUGAAUUUUAUCUUCUGUUCUCUUCUCCUCCGUACCAGUUCCCAAGAAUUCUGAACAAAAGAACAGGACAAAAUAUUUUUAAACCCAGAUUUGCUUGAGAAUUCUUCCUGAUUAUUUUUAAGCCCUGGACAAAGGAACUAAUAUUUUUAAGGUUACAGUAAAGGCAGUUAAAUGUAGUCAUAAAAAUUAAGCAUUUCUCAGUUGAUAGGUUAAAGAAACAAAAAACUAUAAAACUGAGUAUUGCUCCACUUUUACACAUUCUGCUUUAAAAUGCCGUAUUGCUUUUUUCCUGUCCCUGAAAUAAUAUCCUUUGCUUUUUACACCUAUCUUGGAAAAUCUCAAUGAUGAAGCUAUAAGGCACAAGUGUCUGGUAACUUAAAGUUUAUGUCUUGGGGAUCAGGCUCCUUCACAUCCUGACUGCAGGGGAGACAGCUCGCAUGGAGACUGCCUCAAUUGUUUAGUAGAAGGAUUAAGUGAAAACAUAAGGAUUUUUCAUCUGCUCUGAAACAUGGUGUGUAGUAACCAGUCUUUUGGUUAUAGACUUGGGAGAAAUACAUUAACCGAAUGGGCCAAACCACAAUUUCAAUUGAAGAGCUAUUUUUGAGGGCAAUAAUGAGUAGUAAAGAGCCAAAAGGAAGUUGGCUGCUUCAGAAGCAAGAAAACAACUAAAACACUAUUAUGUGUGUUAGAAAUGGCUAACUUGAUAUUUAAAUCACUUAAGUGUUAAUCAGCACAAACACUUCUGAAAGAGCUGCCAAGUGAAGGUCAAUGAGAAAGCAAGGUGAUCACAUCCCCAAAGUAUGGUCAACUAUGAGAGUACUGACUAACCUCACAGAUACCGCUAGUGCCACGGCCUCAAGUGUGGUUUCUGUGGGUGGGAUUCCAGAAUAUGCCUAUGGAAAACUGGCAAAUGCCAAAUUUGUUUUGUUUGGCAGAUAUUUCCAAAAUAUUAUAAAUUCCCCUACAGUUAGCAUUUCUACUACAUUCUAAGCCUACAAGAAUUUUCAAGACUUGCAUGGUUUGGUGCUGUGACUCACUAGAGUGGUGAGUACCCAUAGAAGUGUUAUGUGUUUUCAGUCAUCCAUAGUUGUAUUUACAACUGUGAGAAAAUGGCAACGAUUGGGAUUUUUUUUUCUUUCUAACAUCUAUGUGUACUUUGUCAAAACCAUUAGCAUAUGCUAGAACAUGCAUGACAAAUAGUUCUUUUUUUUUUUUCCCCCUUUAAAUGUCAAGUCUCGUGGUAACCAAAACAUUUUAAAGCAAAAAUACAACCAGCUCAAACUUAGGGCUACUUUCGGAAAGAAACUUCACGUGUAAUAUUUACAAAGUUACAUAUUUUUAAGCUGCUUCAUGAUUUUGGCAAUCUUUUUUUUUUUUCAUCAUAAAGGAAAUGUUUAAUCACUGAAUUUUUAUAACACUAAUAUUUAUGAUUUUUACUUAAGGUUUUGUUUUUAUAAUAAUUGCCACCAAGUGCUGUGUGCCAGGCACUGUGUUAUAAGCAUUUAACAUACUGAUUUCCAUAUUGAUUUAAAUCUUCUCCCACCCCGCUCCCCCCCUUGUGAAAUACAGGUACUGUCAGUCACAUUUACACGUGAAGGAGUAUAUGGAGAGUUUAAGAAACUUGCACAAGGUCACACAGCCAAUAAAUGGUGAUCCAGAAUGCCAGCACAGGUCUGUCAGACUAAAGUCCAUCCAUGGUCUUAACCAUUAGGCCUGUAUUGUCUUCCGGCACAUCUACUUAGAAUUUCACAUUUAAAUAAUCCCCUUUGAUUCACAAUGUAAAAAGAGCAAGCGUUUAAGAAAUACUUUUAACCUGUCACUUAAUUAGAAAUAAAAAUGUUUCCAAUUCAUAAGCCAGAGCACUUUUUUCCUUCAUAUUGGUCCAUAUGGAAAAGGAGCAAAGAUAGUUUAUUUCUGUCUCCAUGGCUUCAUAUUUUUACAAACCUUUCUAGGAUGCUACAAAAGAGCAGCUAUAUUCUAAAAGUUUAAUUGAAGAACACACAUUCUUUGUGUUCUGAUGAUGAAAUGUGAUUGUGCACAGUAAGAAAACAAAUGACUCCACUGAAGGAAAGAGCAGGACACUGGCAACUUUGUUUCUGGAAAUGUGUUCAUGAAUUACUUCACUAAUUAAGGAUAAGAAUAAAAAGUGCCUUAGAGGCCAUAAAUCCAUAUAACAAGUUUAAAAUCCAAAUUUAAGCAUUGGCCAAAUUCCAUUUUGAGAGUGAUUUUUUUUUUCUUUUUUAAAUGUUUGUUUAUUUUGAGGGAGAGGGGAGAGACAGAGGGAGAGGGAGAAUCCCAAGCAGGCUCCCCAGUGCAGGGUUUGAGCUCACAAACCUUGAGAUAAAACUGACUGAGCUACUCAGGUGCCCCCGAGUGAUUUUCUUUUUAAACCUAAGUUUCCCUGUCUUCCCUAUCUUACUUGGUUUUAACUUGAUUGCAUUAUGCAGGUAAACUGGAGUUAUACCCAAGAUCUUUCUGGAUACAGGAGCAAGUAUAUUAAAAGAUUUGUCAUUAUCUUGAAGUUAAAAGGCAAAAUUAAAGGGACUUGAUAAUGAUAAAUAUUGUGCCAGACCUCAAGUACUUACAUUAAGUACUAAAGGUAUUGUUAUUCUUUUUUCAUUAUUCCUUUUCAGGCCCCUAGAAGAUCAAGAUUUGCAACACCCUUCCAGAGCCAACAUCAACAAACUCAAAUUAUGUAUAUCCCUAA